CAGCUGUGCAAUGUAAACAUUAAGAGUUUGUUAUUGUUUUCACUCAAGCUCACAUAAUGUCUGCGGCAGGGAAUUGUAAGAAAAGGAAGCCCGCAAGUGACACGGACUCCGACGAGGAAGAUGAGGCACAGAUGCGACAAUUCCUAGAGGCGGCCGAUCACACGCUGCUCACAAAUGAUAUGUUCCAAAGACAACAAAAAUCGCACGUGUCUUCGACUUUACUGCCGGUAGAUGCUCCGUCUCUUUCUACGCCUCCGGUUGCUGCACAACAAGAGAUGCCCAGGAGCGAGCGUUACCUGGACACGGAGCAUAUGGCAGUGGGAAGCGAUCUGCAGAUCAGCGAACACAUGCAGACACACAUUUGGCGCAAACUCAGCGCAAUUAUCGAAACUCAAAUAGAAUUCUGUGAACCAAAAAUAGAAUCCAAUGAGGAAUCACAGCAUAUGGAGCCCAUUAACCAGGUGAAACUUGUGGCCAAUGCCGAUUGCUAUAUUUCAAACGAAAUCAAGCCGGAAAAAUUGCCACAAAAGAAGCCCACGAUAAAGAGACGGCAAUUGGAGGAGGAGCCACAGGAUCGAUCUUCAAUUGUCGUCAGCGGCGAGUUCAUACUGAGUGGCCAGGACAUGGAAUGCUGGGCGAAACGUAAACCUCGCAAACAUAAACUAUUCGAGUACAAAUCCUAUGAUGACCAUGGCCACAAACUUCAGGCAAUCGAGCCGACAAAUGAAUUCUCAGCCCUGCGACGCAAGAACAAAUGGAACGAGUCGAAAAUAUGCCAAAAAAAAAUAAACUAAAAUAAUAA